CACGCCUUUGCGCCGUGCUCCCCGUUGCGGGGCAGGCAGCGUCUUUGACCCUGAACACGACCGGAGCUGCCCGUCGUCAUGAUGGCUAUCUCCACCCCGGAUCCCGGAGGUAAGCUCGGAAGUUGAUUCGAGACGUUGUGUGUGUAUCAUCACUUAUCGAAGCUCAUUUCCCUUUUGUCGUUUAUCCUUGGAAUUUUCACUCUCAUGUUUUCCAUAAGAACAACACCUCCACCAGCAGCAGUAUCAAGACUUGCAGCUAGAUAUCUGACUACCAUCUCCUCGGCAUUUGGAACCACCACUCACACUCUCCCGGCAACACCUGGUCAUUACAACUCCAAAACUUUGAGCAGAUUCACCAUCCCUAUCUUUUCUUCUCCUUCAACUAAUACCAAACUUUUUUCAAACCUUCCUCCCCAAACAAAAAGAACAAUGUCCUCAGCAGUAGCCAAGCGCCUCGCGGGCAAGACCAUUGUCAUAACCGGAGCGUCCUCAGGAAUCGGGCGUAGCACAGCCUUCGAGUUUGCGCGGACCGCGCCCAACCACGGCCUCAAGCUGAUCUUGACGGCCCGCCGCGUCGAUGCCCUGGAGCAGAUUGCCAAGGAGAUCCGCCAAGAGGUUGGCGAGGGCGUGCAAGUGCUGCCUGUCAAGCUGGACGUCAGCCAGCCGGAGGAGGUCAGGGGGUUUGUUGGGAACUUGCCCGAGGAGUGGAGGGAUAUCCAUGUGCUGGUCAAUAAUGCUGGUCUCGUAAAAGGAGUCGCCCAAGCUCCCUCCAUCGCCGAAGAAGACAUCAACGUCAUGUUUGCCACCAACGUCACCGGCCUGAUCAACAUGACCCAAGCCAUCCUGCCCAUCUUCAAGGCCCGCGGCUCCGAGGGUGGUUCGGGAGACAUUGUGAACAUCGGUUCUAUUGCCGGGAGAGAACCAUACGCGGGAGGCUCCAUCUACUGCGCCACCAAGGCUGCUGUGCGCAGCUUCACCGACGCGCUGCGCAAGGAGCUGAUCGCCACGCGCAUCCGUGUCAUGGAGAUUGACCCUGGCCAGGUCGAGACCGAGUUCAGCGUGGUGAGGUUCUAUGGUGAUAAGAACAAGGCUGAUGCCGUCUAUGCCGGUGUCGAUCCCUUGACGCCCGAUGAUAUCGCAGAGAUCGUGGUGUUCGUCGUAACACGACGGGAGAACGUUGUUGUUGCUGAUACGUUGGUCUUCCCUAGCCAUCAGGCUGGCGCUGGUAUUAUGCACCGCAAGUCGACAUGAAAAGAGACUCAACAGGGCUGUCGAUAAGCGCAUAGACGUACAUACAUAUAGACCUGAGAUGUGUGAAUACUAAAAAGGGUUAAGACGUCAGUUCAACGCAAACGUGAUCACCACACCCGCACUGCAGCAAAGUAUUCGACUGGGCUGAGCACUGAUCUGAUUUUGGAUGUUCUUUGAAUUUACUAUUGUUUUUUUUUUUCCAGUUAUCUAUGCGCCAACUAGAGAUGCAGAUAUGGUAUCUCGUUCAAUGCUUGAUUAUCUUACAAUGUAUAACACCAUCCACCUCUUUCUC